UUGUUUACAGGGAUAGGUAACACUGUUGCAACAAAAAAAGUCGUACAUAAUUAUUUGCCACACUAGCCUUCCUCAACUUAGUAUACGCAUAAUUUCAUUCACCUGGGAAUGAUUGGCUAUCCGUAGUCACGUUGCAUUUAGAGCUCGUGCCACCCCUUUUCCCACCACCAUUGUCGGCGCGUGAAGCCGAGAGAUCCCGGAUCGUCCACGCUUCUGUGCUUAACUCGUGUGGCAACCUGCUAAUGUAUUUACAACGCAGUCAAUUACAGGACCACAUCACACCUUUGUGAGUUUUUGUGUCGGCAUAUGAUGCGUUACUGUCAUUUUAGCUGCGUUGAUUGUUAACGGUUAAUCUGUCAGAUCAAGACCAUUCAUUUACGGGGCAUCAUACUGUUGCCAGUUUUUCCGUGAUGGUUUGACAGGAUGAUUGGCCAGAAACGUCUAAUGCCAACAACCUGACAGAGUCAAGAAACAUCAAGAAACAUCUAAGACGUUCGGUACCUCCAGCAGGAUGAGUGGGAUUCUGAAGAGGAGGUUUGUGGAGGUGGACGUCGGCGACGUCUCCCCGUGCCUUUCUCUCCGUGGAUCCGACGACGAGGUGUCCGCCGGGAGUGACAGCGGGAACGGCAGUGACAGUGUCAACCCUGGCCCCUCCACCCCCCUCGCCUCAUCCUCCAUCUCGAGGCGUGAGAAGCGGCGGCGUGUGCGCAACGUGCACUUUGAGAGCGUGACCGUGUACUACUUCGGCCGGCGACAGGGUUUCACCAGCGUUCCCACGCAGGGUGGGAGCACCCUGGGCAUGUCCACGCGUCACAGCUGGGUGAAACACUACACCCUGGGGGAGUUCGCCAUGGAGCAGGAGAGGAAUCACAGAGACAUGCUGCGAGACCACCUCAAAGAGGAGAAACUCAACUCCAUCAGGCUCAAGCUGACCAAGAACGGCACCGUGGAGUCGGACGAGGCCGAAUCGCUGACCCUGGACGACAUCUCGGAGGACGACAUCGACCUGGACAACACGGAGGUGGACGAGUACUUCUUCCUGCAGCCGCUGACCACCAGGCGUCGCAGCGCCCUGCUCCGAGCGUCCGGCGUGCGACGGAUCGACGUGGAGGAGAAGCAUGAGCUGCGGGCCAUCCGGGUGUCCCGGGAGGAGUGCGGCUGUGACUGCCGGGGUCUUUGUCAUCCUGCCACCUGUGCUUGCAGCCUGGCCGGAAUCAAGUGUCAGGUAAAUGGAGCUGAGGUGGAUCGCAUGUCCUUCCCCUGCGGCUGCAGCAGGGGUGGCUGCAGCAACACCGCGGGCCGUAUCGAGUUCAACCCCGUCCGGGUCCGGACCCACUUCCUGCACACCGUCAUGAAGCUGGAGCUGGAGAAGAACCUUGAGCAGCAGCCGCAGGUCGUCAACGGCAACGGAUACCGCGUAGACCUGCCGGUCGACGCCCCGGUCCAGCACGCCGCGCAGUACCCCCUGACAUCUGACGCCAGCCCGGUACCGCCGGCACCCAUUAUGCACAUGCUGAGUGCCGGCAGUGCAGAGCAUCUCCUUGAGGAGGAGGAGGAGGAGGAGGAAGAGGAGGACGAAGAUGAGGAAGACGAGGAGGAAUACGAGGAAGAGGACGAUGGCAGUAGUCUAUGUAGUGGCCUCUCGGACUGCAGUACCCACAGCCUGAACACUAGUGACUCCGAGGAAGAGGAGAGUGACGAGGAAGACUGGGAGUCCACGGAGGAGGGGGGCGGACCGUCGAACUCGCACACGGACCAGGCCCCCCUCUCCUCUGUUUUGGGGUACCCCGAUGGACAGCACCCCAGCCCCAAUUGCACUAAUUCCUACUACCACGUCCCGUCGUCCAGGUCCUACCGGAGCCCCACCACCAUCCCGACCCGGGUGCCUAGUGAACCCCCGUCAGCCCUGUCAGCGCUCCCGCCCAGAGAGAAGACCACCGAUGGACCCGUGAUUGGGUCACAGGACGGGCCCGCAACCACGUCCGAGCCCCGCGUGGACAACCUCAGGCAAGCAGAAGGGCUGUAUCUAGGUACCAACCUGUAUUUUCCCCACAACGCGCUGGAAGCCCACACCUGUUCCUCGGUGCUGCAGCAGGGCAACACUGCCCCUAGUGGAGAGACGGAUAAACCGCACCACAAGCUGCCCUUUCGAACAGACGUGAACAGUGAUGACGUUACGCUGUCACUAAACAGUAGUGCACAUUCUGAGGUAUCUGAUGGAACUGAGGCGCAGCAAAGCUCUCCCCUGCCUGUGGAUGAAAUGGACGCGCCAGCUCUUGAGAGCCAUCCUGGGGUCACUGCAUAGUGUCAGGUAGACUUAGGCAAGUUCAAUCGAACCUGUUUGGUGUGAUGAGUUAAAAUAGCAUUCCUUUGCAAGUAGUGAAACAAUCAAUAUCAAAAUGUUGUUGUUUACAACCUAUCCUACAGUAGAAACCAGGUGCCAGCGUCAUUGAAAAUGACCUAAAGUAAAUAGUUUAUACUCCUGGUGUAUGCACUUUUGUGGUGACCAGUUAGGUUGCAACAGCUAGUUGUGGAGGAGAUAAUAUUAUGACUCUGAAGGAUCCUUGCACAUAAUUGCACACACUCUUUCCAUGACCUGGAUCUGAAUGUCUAGCAGGUAUUGAACAAUGCCUAUGAAACAGUUGGAAUUAAACGGAAUGAUUCCCUGUCACAAACAAUGUCUCCUAUUUCUUCAGUGAAAAUAUGGGACGAUCUAAUGGUUUAAGUUAAAUGAAUGAACACAAACCUAACUUUUAUAGGGACAUAAGUUCAUUGUAAAAUGUGCAUAACUGCAGUUCAUGUAUGGUUAUACCAAGUAAUUUUGUUUGUUUUGAUAUUGAGAGCAUGCUGUGAUUAGCGUUGAUGGUAAGUCAACGUGAUUAUGAGGUCCUGACAACUGUUAAGUGUUGUUGCCUUGUGCUUACCUUGGUGUUGUCUCAUAGAUGUUGAAUACUUAGCAUGCGUUUCCCUAAAAGGAAAACACCUUUGCAAAUUAAUUUUAAAAACAAUACAAUGAUAUAGACAAUAGACAAUCCUCAAAGCUACUAUAUACUGUAGUGCUGUCAGGAAGUAAGUCAUUUUGACAUUGUGAUAUUUGGUCUUUUUCCCCACUCCACUGACAUUCAACAUGUAACACUGGAAAAGUAAUGUUAUCCCAUGAAACGGCUAACAUUGAAUCAGGUGCGAAAGAAUAGAAACUAAUUCAUUACUAAAUUAAAGUAUCCAGCACUAUCAUUGUUUUGAAUGUGCAAAUUCUGGUUGAGGUAUUCUGACUGCCUAAGGAACUGCAUGGAAGAGAGUGGCAAAAAUGAAUCCCAGUAAACGUAGAGACCGUUACAAGAAACGGCUUUGUGAAGAUAUUUCUGCCAAAGGGGACAACGCUAGCUUUUGAAGAUGGUCAACUAUUUUCAGCACAGGGAAAUAGCAUUUCUGUUGAUUUAUUUAUUUAUUUUUGCUAAAUACAUGAUUGCAAAGUGUCAUGUUUCUGUGCUAUGUAUACCUUUAUCUGUUAAUUAGGUAAAAAAAAAAAAAAGAAAAUAUCCACAUGCCUAUGUAAACAAAAGAAUGACUCUUCAGUGAGUGUAUGUUCGGCACUGUAGUUCCCACCAUCCUCUCCAGAUUUACCUUUACAUGUAUGUCCAUUAUCAAAGAUCUGUGAAACUCAGAAAAUCAAUGUCAUGUUUUUUUUUUGUUUUUAAACACCUUGUUUCAUUUCAGGGGUUCAGCUGUGUCAAAGUUGCUGUGUUGCUUUUCGAUAUUGGUGGUUUAGAAAAUAAGCGCAGUGACAGACUGGGGGUACUGGCUGUGUUACACCACAUGACAAAUAGUGGUUGCUAAGCAUUGGCAAUUGACAUUCCUUCGCUCUUAAGACAUUCCUUCGUCAAGACACGUUAUUUGUCUGUUUCCGUAUCUAUCAGCUUUCUUUAACUGGCCCGUUUAUUGUCGUCAUUCCUCUCUCUGGCCCAUUUAUUGUCGUCAUUCCGCACUCAACCAUCGUCUGACAUUACCAUAUCAAAGCUAAUGAAGUCUGGUGCUUAAGGGUGCCAAAGCAUUUAUAUAGUAUGCUAUGUUUGUUCCAGUCUGCAAUGGUGUAGAUAUAAGUUGACAGUUUAUAUUGUACUCAUUGUGAAAACAGGUAUUUAUUAUAAUUGUUCUCACUGCAGACUGUUACUGUCACAAAUAGCGCCUUAUCCUCUAUAUAUUAGGCUCUAGUCAAAAGCAUACCCCAUUCAGGUGCUAUCUGAGUUUUCGUAAAGUCUUUGUUCCCAGUGGGAAUUUCACCUGAAUGAACAAAACCUGAGAAACUGAGGACAUUUUGUUACCUGAGCUUCCACAUUGGGAUGUUUUUAUUAAAGGUGACCGCAAUAUGUUUUUCACAAUUACAGCCUUGUCAGUUUAGAUAUUUUAGCUAAUCUUACCAUUGUGAAUAUUUAAGGAAAGUUUGCUAACCAUUAGGAAUGUGGGCAAACAUAUCAUGCUAGCUUAAAUCUAAUUGACUUCAAAAGCACUUGAACUCAGUUAUUGUCAGAUUUACCAGUUAAAAUGUCAAAGCAUGUUAAUUCUGUUAGUGAUUAUACAGAAGUGGUUUGUAUUGGGGUUGGAGAAUGUUAUUUGCGCACCAAAUUUAGAGCCAUUUUGUUUUUUAAAACACCAUGAAUAUUGUAAAAUAAAGACACCACUAACAUGCACUGCCAAUUCCUUUGCUCUCCAGAAUGAUUUUUCCCACAUAGGGAGUUGGAGCCCACCUGAUGGUUAUGGUUCUCAAAAGCGUCUCACUAGUUAGCACUUCCUCCCUAAAUUGUGUCCUUGUACCCAGCUCUUCACUGUAGCUCAGUAGGCAGAGCGUGGUAUAACUUUGAAAUGGAGGUGACCUGAAUGGCACAGAUAUGAAUGUUCUGGUUGAGACACGAUUUGGGCUUUUAAGAAUCCCCAAAUAUAGCUGCUUAUACUUCAAUUGAACAGAUGCACAUCUCAAACAUAUUGUUUCUUUUUAUCCCCUAACCCAUAAUUUUCACAUCUUGCUAUAUUAGAUGUUCGGUUUGAUGUUUUGAUUUAUUUUACAAAUAUGCAGUACUGCUAAUUAGAUGAGUAUCUAUAAAAUAUGUAAUGAAACAAAAGUUGUUCUGAUUACAUUUAAUUAAUAUUUUUCUUUAAGUUUCAAGUUUAUGGGUUGAAAUAUAUUAUGACUCUGUACUUCAACAAUCCGUUUCUUGUUGCCUUGGAUUUAAACUAAAUAUAUUGUUUUGUGAAUAAAAGUUCCAAGUUUACCAGCAAUUUAUACCAGUUCUGUAGAAUCACCACUGGGGAACGGUGUAUUAUUUGGGACCCAGUUGUUCUGUUCAAUUUUGAACCUAAAAUGUCUGUUGUGUGUUUCAACACCUGAGAUUGCCUGGAACAGGGGAGCAAAAUGUAUUACACUAAAAAGUCUCAAUUUCUUUUUUACCCAGCUCACCCCCCCAACCCCCCCUUUUCCACAAACAUCUGACUUUGAGAAUAAAAAAACCAAAUGGA